GGCAAGUCCAUUUCCUUGAGAUGUUCAUCUUAUAAAAGCCAGCUGGCCGUCACACUCACAAUAGACGCAAGCGACUCCACGGACCCGUUCUUCUCCAGGUACCAGGACCAACCACUGUUGAAGCAUGAGCUCCCACCAGCAGAAGCAGCCCUGCACCUCACCCCCUCAGGUUCAUCAGCACCAGGUGAAGCAGCCUUGCCAGCCUCCACCUCAGGAGCCAUGUGCCCCCAAAACCAAGGAGCCCUGCCACACCAAAGUGCCUGAGCCUUGCCACCCCAAGGCACCGGAGCCCUGCCACCCCAAUGUUCCUGAGCCUUGCCACCCCAAGGCUCCUGAGCCCUGCCACCCCAAGGCUCCUGAGCCCUGCCACCCCAAGGCUCCUGAGCCCUGCCACCCCAAGGCACCGGAGCCCUGCCAUCCUAAGGUGCCUGAGCCCUGCCACCCCAAGGCACCGGAGCCCUGCCAUCCUAAGGUGCCUGAGCCCUGCCCCUCAACGGUCACCCCUGCACCAGCUCAGCAGAAGACCAAGCAGAAGUAAUGUGAUCUGCCACCAGCCUUUGAGGAGCUGAUCACUGGAUGCUGAAACCCCUUUCCCAUUCUGCUUAAGAGUCCCUUGUCUGUUGCCCUGGCAACUAGCAUGCUAUUACCCUCUGCACUAUCUAAAAAUAUCCCUUGCACUCACUCUAGAGGGUUCCUGAGCCUCUGGACAUCGCUGAAAGUCUCACUGGUGAACUAGUCUUCCAGGGGCUCAGGGCUGAUGCGAAGAGGGAUUGUGGGAGGAACGGAGUGACUCUUCCCUGUUCGGCUUCAUUAAAUCAGUUCUAAUGCCACA